AAUCGAUUAUUCAAAACCAAUUGAUCCCACCAUCAAAAAACAAAAGCGUCAAGGUAAUUGACCUUCGUCCUCCAUCAUGAUUAAUCCCUCUCUAUCUUGAGAAGGCGUUGAAUGAAAACACCCAACUUCGUUUACGUACGCUCCUCGUCGCGUCGCCGUCUCAUCAUCACCAGCACCACCUUGGAUGUCCGGCGACGCGACGCCUUCUCGCAUUUCAACACGUAGUACACCGACCUACAACCUACCUUGCCGAGCCGUGAUGCAGUAUGGAGAGGAAGAGAUCGGCCAAGCGUGUUGUACAUAAGGCGCCCUUUUGUCUUCCGGCGGCGCGUACAAAGUCCUCUUGCUUACAGUUGACACACUUAUUACCGGCGAUGCGAUGGGAGAGUGCCACCGUCUGGUCAUUAUUGGGCACCAUCUUCAGACGACACAGAGUUCGAUGGCAGCUUGUUGUACAACAAAGCUGGGUACCUAUGUAACAGCUCGGAAAACUCCCAAAUCCGCCAGCAGACGUCAUCUAAUCUGAUGAAUCUUCGCCCCGAUUCGGUAUGUGGCGGAAGAUAAGGCCAGCACGGGGAACUACUGGAGGGUGAAAUUGACUGCCGCAGACAGUGCUGGUAUAUAAGCGUCUGUUCAUACCUUAAAAUAUGCAAAUGCAACUUUUCCAAGUGCGUCACGUGCAGGGGUCAAUGUUACAGCACAGUCAGACAAUCAGACACACAGACAGACCGACAGUACGACAUUUUGAGCCCCUAAAAUUCGGGCAGACGAUACGCGACGACAGCAUAUGUACCGGUGCAUCUACGCUCGUUUAGGAGGGAGUGUCCUUCCCCUUCAACUGGAUUCCCUCGCCUUCGCCGCUAGCCUGGCAUCUGUGUGCGGACGAGUUUGCAGCCAUGGAGCCAGACGGAAAUAAUUCAGGCGAAACAUCUUUCUCCGUGAGGCAUGAGCUCAAGGACCGAUGGCGGUCGGUGGUGGUCCACAAAGAUGCGAAAGUAAGUCGAGGACGAAGAAGCUGCAUCCAGGCUCUUAUGUGCUCGUCCAUUGUUAUAGCUAGGUGGCUCGUUGUUGGGGGAAAGGAAGGGGAGGUUCAGGUGAAUGCAAGAAUAUAUGGCCAAAGUUUUUCUUCCUCCGAACGUCGCCGUCGUCGUCGUCGGUUGUCGUAGGAAAGAAACGGGACUUCUUUAGAGCACAAGGCGCGCGCUGAGCUGAGCGCUGAUUGGUCGAAUGGCGAUUUUCGUACCGUGGAGUUACGGUGGGUGGGGGCGCCUUCUUACGAAGAGGGGAAAAGAGAGCAAAAAGGAUCCUCACCUGCGCGCGGCGAAUUGGUUCUGCUGAAUAGGGCGACGCUGGUGGGAGGAAAAUUCCUCCGUAGGGAACAGUCGACGAGAGAUGCACAGCUGUUCGAUAAGGGAGGGGAGGUUGGAGAUCAUGCGCAUUGAUUGGCUGCUCUCGAUUCCGGAUCGCGCAUUUUCUCCUCUCUCACACUCGCUGGCAUUAUGCUCUCUCGCCGGUUGUCACGUUUCUUUUGUGCUGUUGUGGAAAGGAUUCGCUUGGGCGUUAAGGUGUGAAAAUGUAAACAAAGAGAGAACGGAAUCCGGUGGAUGCUGCGGAGAGAAAUGAUUUUUCCGAGAUGCUAACUGGCGGAAGGAAGCUUGGAAUUCCGCUCGAGAUGGAAAACACACGCGACGAGAGAUUUGAGAGAAAAAUGCUUAAAUUCGAAAGGUAAACAUUGGGAGCGUAUGUUAUGUUGUUGCUGCUGAUGACUGCGUGAUGAUGGCGGUAAUGACAUUACUGAUAGCUGGCGUGUAGUGCAGCAGUUGAGUAGAUCUCCGGCGGUAGUCCGUGCUCUGAACAGUGAUGAUGAAUAAAUAUAAAAUUGGUAUUUCAUCGAGAUAAACGGAACCCUCGGCGUGGAAUCUGUUGGCCGUUUCUUUUCAGUGUCAUUUCGGAUGCGCUGUUGUACGGUAGUGUUUUUCGCGGAGUCGCGGCUCGGUUUCCAAUGCUAAGUGGAUUGUUCACUGGAGAGUGUGCGUUGCGGAUUAGUGGUCACCUGUAAUAAGGUGGAUUAACGAGGCUUAGUUCGAGCUUGUGCCGGUUUGAUAAAGUGGAUUCAUAUGCAAAUCGAUUGAUAUAGUGCAAACAUCGUUCUUUGAUCUGGCAUAACAUGUGUUUGUGCGUUUACUGUUGAUGCUAAUUGUUUGCUCAUUACAACUGAAUUAGUGAUAAUUACCGGAUGAUUGAUUUCCUUUGAGGCUUGCCGUGGUGUUGGCAUUUCUAGAAUCGGAAGAGGAGAUUGCAUAACUGGCGGUUGGCGGUGGUGUGACGUGACAAACUGCAACAACCGGAAGUUCGUGGCGAUUGCCACGAUUGUGUUUGACACCUUGUUAAACUAGUUUCAGCGUUUGUUUGUCCUGACCCUUGGUGGCCGAUUGCCAAGCCUCCUACACUACGACGUUCGUAUAGCUUGUGGCACCGUGCAGACGCGGUUGUUUGCCGGCUUUCUCGUGCCGUUGUCGAGUACUGAUAAUUGAUUGGAGAGAAUGCCCCCGGUGCGAGGAGGGGUGGGGACCCUCCUGAUGCUGUGGGUAACAGUGUUGCCACGCGUCCUGCUUUCAUCGCUGCUGCUAGCCGGGAUGAUGACUCAGACGGUAGAAUCGGUCGCCGCUCCUUCGUCCAACGUUGGACUGGUUGCAAACGCGGUUCUGGAAGAUCCCGAGUUCACGGACAUUAUCGAAAACAUCACGGUUCCAGCAGGAAGAAAUGUAAAACUGGCAUGUUCCGUGAAGAAUUUAGGCUCCUAUAAGGUCGCAUGGAUGCACUUCGAGCAGUCGGCCAUCCUGACCGUGCACAACCACGUCAUCACCCGGAAUCCCCGGAUCAGCGUGACGCACGAUAAGCACGACAAGCACAAAACCUGGUUUCUGCACAUUUCCAACGUCCAGGAGGAGGACAAGGGCCGAUACAUGUGCCAAAUCAAUACGGUUACGGCCAAGACCCAAUUCGGUUAUCUUCAUGUGGUCGUACCACCCAAUAUAGAUGAUUCGGUUUCCAGUAGUGAUGUCAUCAUACGAGAAGGAGCCAACAUAACCCUUCGUUGUAAUGCCACCGGAAGUCCACCACCAUCGAUUAAGUGGAAACGAGACGGUCCAUUAAAGAUUACCGUGUCUAAAAAUAUCACAGUAAACGACUGGGAAGGUGAGAUCCUGACGCUGGAACGGGUCACACGGCACGACAUGGGAGCCUACCUGUGCAUCGCCUCCAACGGUGUCCCGCCGAGUGUAUCGAAGAGGAUCAAAGUCAGUGUCGAUUUUCCGCCAAUACUGUGGACUUCGCAUCAGCUCGUUGGCAUUCCCCUGGGCUAUAAUGUUACACUGGAAUGCAUUACGGAAGCACACCCUACCUCACUCAACUACUGGACGCGGGAGAAUGAUCAAAUGAUACAUGAGUCCGCAAAAUACAAGACUGAAUCCAUUCCUGGGACACCUUCGUACAAAGCGGUGAUGCGAUUGCACAUCAGCGAGGUGCAGCAAUCCGACUACGGUAUCUACAAGUGCAUAGCCAAGAACCCACGAGGAGAAGCCGACGGGACAAUCAGAUUAUACUCUUCGAGUCCACCCACAACGAUACCGCCUUCGACAACCGAAACCAUCACGACUACUGUGUCCUCGACGAGGCUGUUCGACCUACCGUUCGGACAAACGACGGUCGCCUCGGUUAAUUCCUUGGAAAGAGGCAAUAAAUACCAAUCCAUUCUGAACGAGGUGGACCGAUCGGAGCAAAAAUCUAGUGACAGCUCCAAAACCAAUCGGGAUCGACCACCUGCGAAUCGCCCAAAAAACUGCGGAUCAUCUCCUAGCAGUUGGUGGUUAGCGCUAGCUCUUCCGGUAGCAUUCCAACUGUUGUCGCACGUGGCGCGAUGGCAGUGACGGCGACUACCAGGACCGGUCGGCGGCUGGUUGGACUAGGCGUUUUACAACUUGGUUACACUGAAUAUAUGAAACCGCUAAGUAGAACAAUGUGAGAUAUGAGGAGGAGAGAUAAGUUUUUUGAUGUUACUGUUCUGUUUGGAAAUCCACGGUUUCGGGGCAGCUUGGCAGCGGAUCCGACGCGUUGGAUGAUUUUACAACUUGCUUGCUCAUGAUUUACCACGGCAGGUCUAGCGUGUAAAGGUAGUUAUGUUACAAUUUGUAUAGUUAAUCACAGAAUAAAAAUAAGGAUAAAAGGAAGAAGCUCUAUACAUAAUAGUCGAUGGUAGGUAAAUUUUUAUGAACUAGCGAUUAUGGAGGGCGCCAUUGUUGUAACAUUAUUAUCAGGAAGGGCGCCGAGAGUCGUCGCAUGGCGUUGUAUGAGAUAUAUGGUACUUGAUAGUGUUAAUGCCUUACGUAAAUAUUAAGCCAAAAUGAGCAGCUGUGUGUCAGCAACCGGAGCGCCAAAGAUGUGAGAUAAGGUUUAGAAUUGCCAAUGGCUGGGCUGAUGCGGUAAACUACCAAAUUAUAUAUAAUCCUAACUAGGAUGCGGUUUAAAUGUCUAGGACAGUGGUUCUCAAUU